CGCUAGCUUGCUUCUUGAUUGCUUGUUGCUUCGGGUUUUAUUGAUAAAAAUUUCAUGAAAGUAACGGAAAAUGCAGUGUAACUGUAAAACUUUUCGUUAAAAGGUCGUAAAUAAGUAAAACAAAAGUGUAAAUAACGAUCUUAUGGUUAAUAUAGUGAAUAUGUGUUCGGAAAGAACUUCACGGGGAUGAAACAUACAUAAGCUUUUAUUUAGAAAAAUAAAGAGAUACUAGCAGAAUGGAACAUGCUGACCUGGUCUCUGAGAUGGCACAAGUGGAGCAUCUGACUACACAGGAGCGGCUUCACCUAGCCCGUAGACGUCGUUUGCAACAGCUUAAAGUAUGGCAGCAGAGAGAGAAAGAAUGGGCAAGAACGAAGGCGAGAAGAGAAAAGAGCAACAAGAGAAGUAUAUACUUCAGUGACAGUGUCAUGCUACUGGAGGCCGCUGCAAGGAAUGAUAUAGAAGAAGUCCGACGUUUGCUCGCACGUGGCGUGACACCGGAUGCAACUAACGAGGAUGGAUUAACAGCUUUACAUCAAUGUUGUAUAGAUAAUAACGAAGCCAUGAUGCGUCUUCUACUGGAUCAUGGCGCGAACGUGAACGCCGAAGAUAGCGAGAAGUGGACGCCCCUACAUGCGGCAGCUACAUGUGGCAAUUUAAACCUAGUACGGAUUUUAAUACAGAGAGGUGCAAACUUACUGGCUGUGAAUGGCGAUGGGAAUAUGCCGUAUGAUAUAUGCGAAGAGGAGAGAACGUUAGAUGCGAUAGAGAGUGAGAUGGCGGCGAGAGGAGUAACACAGAGACUGAUAGAUGAGACCAGGGCGGCGACGGAGAUGCAAAUGUUGAUUGAUGUAGCGGAGAUGGUUAAAACUGGCAUGGAUUUGGAUGAGCCGAGGGAUAGUCAAGGUGCGACACUGUUACACAUAGCAUCUGCAAAUGGUUACUUGAAGGUGGUUGAGUUCCUAUUGGAGCAUAGAGCUUCAUCAGAUGUGAUGGAUCAUGAUAUGUGGCAGCCGGUCCAUGCUGCAGCCUGCUGGGGCCAUUUAGAAGUAUUAGAGCUAUUAGUACAAUAUGGAGCCGAUCUCAAUGUAAGGAAUAAGCAUGAUGAAACACCGGCAGAUAUAUGUGAGGAAGGUGAAAUGCGGGCACGUAUAACGCGUUUGGCAGCGGAGCAAGAAGAGGUGAGACGUCGUGCCGCCAGCGGAGCUGGAGACAGACUGAAGACUGCAAGGCGAUCAUCUUCUACUGCUUCCACUAGCCGAGUACGUUCCGUUCGACGCACUUCACUCCGAGAGAAGCAAAUGGCGGCGAAGGCCGAUGCAAGGGGUGAAGCGAGACUUCGGGAAACCUUCGAUUCGGCGGUUGAUGAUGAAUGUCAGGGCUUAACAAAUGGUGUCGAUAACGAUCCGAACACGAGUCUAUCAGACAUCAAUACACGGUUGUCUGUCAGCUCCACGACGUCUAACCACAGCUACGAGUCGGAGAACGUAGACUACGCCGUACCGAAACAUUCCUACCGUACCGAACAGGACAACUAUCAACCAAAAAUUACCAAUCCAUUAUUCGGUGUAAACGCAGCUACGCAUUACUCACCGGCUCCCAUACAAACGAUACAAGAGAACGAUAAAUAUGAACGGGCCUUGCCUAACGGUAUACGCAAAGCGCCGGAAGGACAAGAUAAUGAUGGUUUUAAGGGCGAAGAUGCGCUCGACGGUAGGAAAGACUUAAUUCCUAACCAGAUUGCCAUCGCUGACGGCAGUACGGCCACUUACACAACAGACAAUAAUGGUAAAAUCAAUGUUCAUGUCACCGUCAUGAUUAAUGCAGGUACUCUCGCGGAUCUUAAAAAACAGCGCGCGCAAAUAAGAACAAACGGGAGUCCCGUUGAAUCAAAUGUGACUUCGAAUAACCACAGUCUGAAUUCCAUAUCAGAAAAGCAAGAGAAUCUAAUAUUAUCGCCAAGUUCAGUUACUGUGCCACGGUUUUCUGGACACACGAGUGAUGUGGUCGGUGACACUAAAUCGCAUAGGUGUUGUAUCAUCAUGUAGAUGGCGCUGAAAUAAAUGCGGAUAAUAUAACAAGAUGGCGCUGAAGGGGAUUCACAUUUUCGGUUGGCAAGUUUAGGAUGUCAUUUGAAAGGUGUUUCUAGCCGGUGAUAGUUUCAAUACGUAAUCCCGUGGCAAAUAAAUGUACCUUAUUCGUUCUUGAAAUAGAUAAGUACAGUUUACGUUUGUCGAUCACUUUAAAUAUUCCACCUGAGAAAUAAAAUUGGUGCGGUUUGGUACGAUUUCAAUUCCCUAUUUAUCUAUUUCGUGUUCAAACUCCCAUUAAAAGUGUGAUUCUGUUUUGUAGAGCAAGUCUUCUUAACUCACAAAUCUUAUAGGCGUUAUCUAUUGUUGAACUCUUGUAUUUCUUGAAUGGAAGUCUUCGACGUUUAAUGAUGGUUUCAAAUGUUAUUUGAAAAUUUUCUUUUUCUUGCCGAGAUUUAUAAAAGUUAAAACAAGGGCCUCUCAAAUUUUAAUAUUAUUUAUUGUUGCCUAUAGAAUAUUGCCAUUGGCUUGUCAAUUGGGCGUGUGAUAGUUAUAAGAAUUCAAUGGUCUUUAAGACAACAAAAUAUAUCAAAACAUAUUGAAAGUCAGCGUUUUAUAUGUUGCUUGAUUAAUGAGCACUCAACAUAAAUUCUUUGAACCUUAUUACGAUCAAAAUAAUGCGCUCAUAUCUUUAUCAAUGUAUAAUAAUCGCAUUUAUAAAGUGUUUAGUAUUUUAUGAAAUGAAUAUGUAUUUUAUCUAUGAAGCAUUUUUGUCUACCUUACUUUUUAUUAUAUUUUUGAUUUGCAAAUUCCAAUUGAAACAUUCCACAUUUAUAUUUCAGAUAUAUUUCCAUUAUCGUUGAAAGUGCGUGUUAAUAAUGUGAUAUAAAAGUUGUGAAUGACCAAAUUAUGUGACAGUGAAUAUGUAUGCUGUGGGUAUUUUAAUAUUGUUUUUUUUUUAGUAACAGUAUUUGUAUUUUAUAUAUUAAAAUUAUACGCCGCCGGAAGCCUAAAUCAAUAACUUUUAUUGAUAACUUCAUGAGAGGAAAAAAGAGGGUAGUUCAUAAUAAUUUCAAGUCAUUGUGAGUUUUAUCAAUAUCUAUAUGUAAUAAAAGUAUAUUAUUAGAAAGUUGUUUAAAGGCGAUUUUUAAAUAUUUAAAUGUUAUUUAAUUCAAAUUCAAACUGAAUUAUAUAAGUGGCAUGCAUAUUCAUUAUAAAUUUAAUAUAGUUAGGAAAGAAAUUGGAUGUUUAUAUGAUUGUAUAAUUGAAAUGAACCUUUAUUCACAAUCAAAUGUAUGUGAUAUAUUAUGAAACAGCCCAAACGCGUUGCGGAACUUUUGAGCCUUUGAAACAUUUGGUAACGCCAUCCUUAGCCAAUCCUCACUAAGCAUUUGCUUAAGCUGUGUACACAAAGUUCAAAUUUCCCCGAAGUGUAAAGGUAACUCUAGAAACUUAGUUGGUUUUCUUGAUGAGUCGAAAACCAACGGGAUAUCUAUCUGUUGAAUAUUUCUUGGAUAGGAAAUCUCCAACAUGAUCACUUGUAAAUUUAAUCACGAAUUCUUCCUUUAUCAUAUCCUUAAAUUCAUAAAGACUGGAUUUGUUUAAUAUGAAUAUACAAAUUGUAACAAAGCUCUUAAUAUUUUAACCUGUUUUAAAAAAUAAAUAAAUAAUAGUUCUUAGACGUAAACUGUAUCACUUCACUUAGCACACUCAAUACGCUCAUCUUGUCAAAUAUACGUCAAUUGUGGUAGUUUUUGACAUUUCGAACCAGUUUAUUAUCAAUAUAGUUGCAAUAUUAAUGGUUUGUUAUACCAUACAAAAAAAAUCUAUAACUAUUUUACGUAUUUUUGUGCUAAGGGAUUGAGUCAAGUUUAGAGUUCACAAACUUAAGGUGAAUGACCCCAACACUAUUUUAAAAGAUUAUUAGAAAUUUUAAAGCUAGGUUUAUAAUAUUACUCUGAUUUUGUUAUAUAUACAAUUAUGAUGAAAAAAGAAUGUAAUAGCUAAUGGAAAUUCUGGAUACGUUGAAAUUAAGGGGCCAUGUUUGGACCUAUUUGACGUUUUCUUAGAAAUUUUAUAGCGUAUAUUUAAUGUUUUCCAGUUUGUGUUAUCUGUGCCAAUCUUUAUCUGCUUUUAUUGUGUCUUUGGUGGUUCUGUGUAAAUAAUAUUGUUAUAAUUCGUGUUCAAUGUUGAUUAGAUGAUCAAUUUCCUUUAUCAUAAAAAGUUUUAAAAAUGUGGUUGCAUGACAGUAUAUAUAUCAAGUUUAGUGCAGUCUUAAAUCUUGUUCAUGUUCUUAAGCGUGGCGUAGACAUAUAAGGGAAUAGAAUUUAACUUGCCAUUAAUAGCCAAUUGCAUACUAACUAAAUGUAUAUUAACACUCGCCACGGCUAAAUAAAUUCUGAGAAGCAUCUACGUAGAUUUGUCGGACCAACGUGCUCAAGACAAGGAUUACGGGCCUAGACGACAGUGACCCCUUAGAGGCUUACUUGCGUUAGCACGAUAAUGAAGCUUUUCCUUAACGACUUCGGAUCUAGUUCUGGCAACAAACUCAAAGUGAAAUUAUUAAUGUCAGUUUGGCCUCUUAAAGGCACUUUUGAAAGUCAAAAUUUAAAAAAAAAAUUCUAGUUGCCCCUUCCAAAAAUGGGCAAGAAACUUACUCGUUUAAAAUAGUUUUUACAAUAUUUUGUAUACAUGUAUAUGUGAAGGCCAUGUACCUAGAACAAAACAACUACUAUACUAAAUAGGCGCAUGGUUUUAUAACAAUACAGCGGAUAACUAAUUUGUUGUGUAGAUACAUGGUUACACAUAUUCAACCUGAACGUAGAAAGUAGAAAGAAAUACGGUUCGACCCAAUUUGACUAAAUAUUUGUCAUGCACCACAGACUCGGACAUUCCACUAUCUUUGUAUAUAGUAAAUACUUUUGGAGCUAUAUUUUAUAAUUUAAGUCUUCAUUCACUAGUAAAGCAUUCGUCCAUAUCAUAGUCAUUAGAAUAAUCGUACUUAAGAAGUACUUAGAUCGGUUUCUCUUACACAAGGCCUUGCACAAGAUGGUUGUUGUACAGUAUUAGUUUUGAAAGCAUUUUAUUUUACAGGCAGCGUUUUGUGAUAAUUUAUUUGAAUAGUAUUUAAAAGCAUUUAUCAGGAAUUAUUUACUUGGAAAUAUCCCGUCCUAUGUUCGUCCUGAUUGUUGUAUUUUAGCUACGGUAGGGGUUUUGAACGAGCUAAUUGAGGCGUGUCAGUCGUUUCUAUAAGGACAAAUUUAAACAUUUAAAAAAAUCUAACACAACAUACAAAGAGGACACUUUAGAAACACAAGUGCUAGAAAAUUUUUGUAGUACAUAAAAAUUGUGUUUGAAAAUGCAAAGUACGUUUUUGUGACAUAAAGUUCAAAUUUUUGUGAUGUCUUUAUUUUAAAAGUAAAACCCUGAUUGAUUAUUUUCGUUAUUAUAAUGUUCAAAUAGGUCAGUCAUAGGUAUAUAUUGUUAAUAUUCUUUUGGCGCCUUUUGAUAAGUGUUGCCAUCCAAUCGUAGCUAAAGUAUUACAAUCAAGGUUAUAUAUAAUAAGAAUUAUUUAAAUCUAUCGACAGCUAAAAUUAUGGAAAUUGUAAAUAUUUUAUAUGACUUAUCUGUGUAUAAAAAUAAUUGUGAUUCAUAUGAGUUCUAGCCUAUAAAAAUUAUAACAGUGCCUCGUAAAAUCUUGCCUUAAAAUAUAUUUUUCUGUUACACGAAGAAUUUAUCCAGAGAUUAUAUUUUAAAAUUAAAUAAAAAUUUGUUUUCUAUGGAAUGUGCAUUAGAACAUUUUGUGUGAAAAUUAUAGGGAAUUUUUGACUUGUCUACUGUACCUACUCCUGCCUUUUCUUGCCUUAACCAAGUUGCACUAUGAAUCCAUUUUGUCCUCACUUUAGGCAUGUAUGAUGGCAAGAAAGCAUAUAUGAAAGUAUAUUUGAAAAUUCGAAGCAAUUGUCGACAAUUAUAACCAAAUUUACUUAUAUACGAAAAAAUGGUUAUGUGCCUGUAUUUACUACUGUUUAAUCAUGUAUACGGUACAAAUUAUUCUUAGAAAUGUUAAUGCAAAUAGUACUGUUGUCUUUUGAGCUCAUAAUAAUUAUAUGUGUACUUAAUGACCUAAGCAGUAGUGUUUUAUAUUACGUGAUUCCUAAAUCCUAUUAAUUGAAAUAAAUUUGUUAUUGAAAUCAAA